AUAUUUUCUAUGAUAAACAUUAUUUCCUUAAUUGUAUUAUAUCCUCGUAAUACUUUGUGUGUCAUCAGAAGAACCCAUCAAGAAAAUCCUUGUUUAUCUACAUUUUUUUCGGCAAAGAAUACAAAAAUGGCAGAGAUAGCCAUAUCCCCAAUUUUGCAAGUUGUUUUUGACAGACUAGCUUCUCCAGUUCUUGGAAAGCUUCGUGAACUCUGCAAUCUGAAGCAUAACUUAGAGAAGCUACAGCAGUCAUUGCCUAUAAUUCAAGCCAUUCUUGAAGAUGCAGAAGAGCGGCAAGUGACUGACAAAGCUGUGAAAGCUUGGCUGUUGAAGCUCAAAGAUGUGGCUUAUGAUUCAGAUGACUUGUUGGAUGAGCUUGCUGCAGAAAUCACUCUUUGUGAGAGUCACUGCAGCACUGGGAGUCAGGUACGCAGCUUGCUUUUACCUUUUGAACCAUCAAGGCGUCUUUUUCGCAUUGCUUCUGAUCUUGAAAAGAUGCUUAAGGUGUUGGAUAAAAAAAUAAGCGAAGGACUGCACUUCAAUUUGAAAGAAAAAGCUUGUAAUAUGCAGUCUGAGAGUGCAGCUAAAAAUAGAGACACAGGCUCCUUUAUAAUUAAAUCAGAAGUUUAUGGGAGAGGGAAGGAUAAAGAGAAGAUUUUAGAACUUCUAUCACCAUCUUUCCAUGGGAAAAUUAUAGGGGAUGUUACAAUUAUUCCUAUAGUUGGUAUUGGUGGGAUUGGAAAGACAACCCUUGCUCAAUUGGUUUACAAUGAUGAUAAGUUGAUAGGUAGCUUUGAUUUGAAAUUGUGGGUUUAUGUCUCUGAUGAUUUCAAUGUUAAAAGGAUAAUUAAAGCUAUUGUAGAGUCAGCAACCAGGAAAAGAUGCAAGUUCUCAGAGAUGGAUAUACUGCAAUCUGAACUGCAGGAUUCAUUAUGUGGGAAAAGGUUCUUGCUUAUUUUGGAUGAUGUAUGGAUUGAAGAUCCAUGUGAGUGGGAGAAGCUUGGAAAUUUGUUGAGAGGUGGUCUGGGGGGAAGCAAGGUAAUAGUGACGACUCGUAGUAACAAAGUUGCAUCAAUGGUCGGAACAAUCUCUCCAUAUUAUCUCACAGGCUUGCCUGAGGAUGCUUGCUGGGCUUUGUUCAAGGAUCGAGCUUUACCAUUGGGAGAUAAUGAAAAGUAUCCUAAAUUGGUGUCAAUCGGAAAACAAAUCCUCAAGAAAUGUGGAGGAGUGCCAUUAGCUCUAACAACUUUGGGAAGCCUGAUGCGUCUCAAAAGAGAGGAGAAGGACUGGUUGGAUGUGCAAAAGAAUGAGCUUUGUUACAUGGAUGAAUGCCAAAGCCAAAUUCUGCCUGCAUUAAGAUUGAGUUACAGCCAUUUGCCUGCAUAUCUUAAACGUUGCUUUGCAUACUGUUCACUUUUUCCGAAAAACUAUGAAUUCCAAAAAGAGAAAUUAAUCCAUUUAUGGAUGGCAGAAGGCUUUAUUUUAGCACAGGAAGGAGACAGACAGCUAGAAGACAUAGGAAAUUAUUAUUUUGAUGAGUUACUGUGGAGGUCCUUCUUUCAGGAAGUUAAAGUUGGUAAACAUGGCAACAGGAAAGUGUACAAAAUGCAUGAUCUCAUUCAUGAUCUUGCACAUUAUGUUGGAGGAAAUGAGUUUGUGAAGCUGGAGAAAGUUCAUGGAGUUAAACUUGCGCGAGCUCGUCAUGCAUCAAUAAUUCACAAUCAUAGGCCUUCAAUAAUUCCACAAGCUUUGUUGAAUGCAAAACGUCUACGGACCCUGCUUUUGAUGUCUCCUGCAGUUUUCUCUGGAGAACUUUCCUUUUUGCCCACUAAUUUUAAGUACUUACGAGCGCUAAAUUUAAGUGGGUAUGGCAUAAAAAAACUGCACGAAUCAAUCUGUGAAUUGAUGUGUUUGAGAUAUCUUGAUGUGUCCAACACAUCUGUUCAAAUGCUUCCUGAAACCAUCUGUGAUCUUUGUAAUUUGCAGACAGUUGACUUAUCAGGUUGCUCUCACCUUCACAAGCUGCCCAGCAGGAUGGAAAUGUUGAUCAAUUUAAGACACCUUUUUUUAGUAGGGUGUGAAGCACUGACAUGUAUGCCAGCUGGAAUCGGAAAGUUGAUUCAUCUUCAGACAUUGCCUAUAUUCAUUGUCGGCAAGGGAAUUGGAGAAAGCAUUACUGAACUUAGAUCUGUCAACCUCCGAGGUGAGCUAAACAUCAAAUGCUUGGAGAAUGUCGGAGGCCCAGCAGAGGCAAAAACUGCAAAUUUGAAAGAAAAGACCUACAUUCAGGUGCUUCGCUUAUUCUGGGAAGAUAAUGACGGAGGCAUGAAGAUCCAAUCUGCAAGGCCAACACAUUCCAGUGGCAUGAAUACUGGAAGAAAUUUUCAGUCAUCAGGAUUAUGGCAUGGAAAUCAUGGUGGUGAUGCUCAAUCCAUAGAUGUGGAAGAAAUCCUGAAAUGCCUUGAGCCACACCCAAAUCUUGGUAAGCUUUUCAUCAGAGGGUAUCCAGGAGUCAAAUUUCCACAAUGGGUACUUCCAAAUCUUACUGUGGUGGUUUUAAUCAACUGCAAAAGGUGUGAAAACUUGCCAACCCUUGGGCACCUUCCUUACCUGAAGUUACUGUACCUGCAAGGCAUGGACAAUGUUGAGUGCAUUUCCAGAGAAUUCUAUAGCAUUGGCACCCAGAGACCAUUCCCAGCUUUGAAGGAAUUAACUCUCAGAAAGUUUCCAAAGUUGAAAGAAUGGUCUAAGGGCGAUGGAAGAGAAGCAUUUCCUUGCCUGGAAAAGCUAAUUGUGAGCAAAUGCCCAGAGCUGAGUACAUCACCAUUGUUUCCAUCACUACAACAUCUAGAGUUGCACGAUUGCCAUCCAUCGAUAAUUACCUCCAUGGAAAAUCUAUCCUUGCUUUCUGUUCUUGUGGUUGAAAAUAUCCCUGGAUUGACAGUUCUAUCAGGAAAGUUGCUGGAAAACAAUACUUUUCUAGCCUCUCUGAAGAUCAGCUCAUGUGGAAGUCUCUGUUGUCUGCCUUCAGAACUAGAAAAACUCACAGCUCUCAAGUCAUUGACAAUAUGCUCAUGUCAGGAGCUAUCAGCUUUGCCAGAAGGAUUGCAUAACCUUAAAUCUCUGGAGUCCUUGGAGAUUAAUGAAUGUCGCAAUAUUAUCUCUUUGUCAGAUGCCAGUGUUGGAGGCUUAAGCAGCCUAAAAAUCUUUUCCAUUGAGAACUGUACUAAUCUUACUUCUUUAUCAGCUGGACUGCUGAAUCUCAUUACUCUUGAGCAACUCACUAUUGUAGAUUGCCCAAAUUUGGCUUCUUUGCCUAAUGAAUGGAGAAAUCUUUCAGUCCUCAGGAGCUUGAGCAUUCUAUGUUGUCCAAAGUUGGAUUCUUUGCCAGAUGGGCUGCAAUAUGUUACAACAUUGCAAACUUUGGAAAUUCGUAGCUGUCAUGGUCUGAAAGAUUUGCCAGAGUGGGUGGAUAAACUUUCUUCAUUAAGAUCACUGGCAAUUUCAGAUUGCAAAAAUUUGACUUCCUUGCCAGAUGGACUGCAACACCUUAGUAAACUCCAGCACUUGUCUAUUCAAGGUUGUCCUAAUCUUGAGAGCUGGUGCAAGCAAGAGAAAGGUAGAAAGGUCAGGCGGAGUGUGUCUCAUGUUCCCCAUCUCUACAUUGGGUCACCUGAGUUCCAGAAAUAGUUCAGAAUAGAUGCAUAUCAGGUCCUAGAAGACAUGGAUAUAGAUGUAGAUGAACUGCUUGGUAAUGAACAGCCUAUACAACUGUAGAAAAGUCUAGAGGAAGAUUAUUGGAUGGUCUUCAAAAUCUGCAGCCAGACCUGAAAGGACUCAAGUGGAUUGUGGUUUUGAAUAUGAAUUUGGAGUUCAAUUUUCUGUCCUUGUUACCAGCACCUCUAUUGCCGUUGCUCCUCCAUUUCAAAACUCACCUGGUAUUAGUUUUGAGUAUUCAAUUUGUAUUCUUUGCGGCCAAA